AUGGAAUACACCGACCCAACUACAACUGGGUCAACCAUUCCCUCUUCUUCUUCAAGCAUUGCUCCUUCUCUUCCAACAGCUGUUCAACGUCCAUGUGCUGCCUGCAAGAUCCUUCGGCGUCGGUGCACCGACAGAUGUGUGUUAGCUCCAUAUUUUCCACCCACUGAACCCUUCAAUUUCAUCAUUGUUCAUAGGGUUUUUGGAGCUAGCAACAUCAUCAAGUCCUUGCAGGACCUCCCGGAGUCAAGAAGAGCAGAUGCAGUGAGCAGCAUGAUUUAUGAAGCAAAUGCUAGAAUGCGUGAUCCGGUCUAUGGGUGUGCUGGUGCAAUUAGUCAGCUCCAUAAACAACUGUGUGAUCUCCAAACAGAAUUGGCUGCCACACAAGCCGAGCUCGCUCUCGUUCAAUGCCAGCAACAGCAACUAAAUGAGAGUGUAAUCUUCCUCGAUGACAGCAAUUCAGCCUCAGCUUGGGAACCUCACUGGAAUUAG